UGAAUUUAUUAGCUAACGUUUAUUUGCCGACAACGUUAAACUGCACACGGGGACAAUGUCGCGUUUCUGGGCCACGCUUGUAGCUGCGGUGCUGCUCAGUUUGGAGGCCUUUGGGAAAACUGUAACGGGACUUUUUAGGAGCGAAGUGGCGAGACAGCAGAACGGCCAGUUCAUCACUAAAUUCAUGUACCAAGGUGGAAACGGUUUGUUCGUGUGCCGGCUGGACAACUCUGCUCUGGCGUCAGAGAAGGAGUCCAGACUGCUGCUGUAUCAGGAUAUGGACUCAGAACUGGACAACCUCAGCUGCACUGAGAGGCUUGCCAGAGCCCACUUCACCAUUUCUCUCACUCAAGAAGAAUAUAACCAGACGAUCCCUCGCCAGUCCUCCCCCACAGCCUGGCAGGCCCUGUAUGCUGACAGAUACACAUGCCAGGAAAGUGCAGUGAUUCCUUCUCACGCUGAUCUCAGUUUUACCCUCUUGCUGUUUAACGCCGACUCAGCUGGAAAUCCUCUGGAGCACUUCAGCGCAGAGGAGGCAGGCCUUCACAGUUUUUACUUCCUGCUGCUGCUGGCCUACUUCAUAGCCUGCUGUAUCUACAUCCAGCCUCUGUACCAGGCUCUGAGGAAAGGAGGUCCCAUGCACACUGUCUUCAAAGUGCUCACCACUGCGCUGGCAUUACAGGGCUGCUCCGCCCUCUGCAACUACAUCCACCUGGCCAGGUAUUCUCGAGAUGGUAUUGGUAUUCCUGUGAUGGGCAGCCUGGCAGAGUUCUGGGACAUGGUGUCCCAGGUGUCCAUGCUGUACAUGUUACUCAGUCUGUGUAUGGGCUGGACUCUGAGUCGAGGCAGGAAGCCUCAGUCCAGACCUCUGCAGUGGGAACAGUCUCCGGCCUCCACGGCUGUCGCUGUCGGUGGAGUCAUUACACAGGGAGUGCUGCUGCUGUGGGAGCAGUAUUCAGAGUCAGAGAGUGAACAUCACAGCUACCACACCCAGCAGAGUCUGGCAGGUGUCCUCCUCAUGGCUCUGAGAGUGGGCCUGGCCCUCCUGCUGGCCUCUAUCCUCUACCAGAUCAUUUCCACUGAACGGAGCACCCUGAAGAGGGACUUCUACCUCAGCUUCGCCAAGGGAUGCUUCCUGUGGUUCCUCUGUCACCCCGUCCUCUUCCUCAUGUCUGUCAUCUUCAACGAACACCAGAGGGAGAAGGUGGUGACUAUCGGUGUGAUCCUCUGUCAGUCCAUCUCCAUGGUGGUCCUUUACCAGCUCUUCCUGUCGCGCUCUCUCUACUGGGAGGUCUCCUCUCUCUCCUCUGUGUCUCUGCCGCUCACCAUGUCCAGGACGAACCACAGGGGACGUUACUGAGCACUUCCGCCGUCAUGCUUUACCCGUGGGACAGGGAGCACAUGCUAUGACACUGAGGCUUCACCUCCCUGAGGAGGGAGACUUCCCAAGCAUGAAGAAGUAAAGAAGACAGGCAGUGUAAAGCUGCAGGGACUGUUCUCCUUUGCUGUUAACUGUUUCCUGGGAAAAUAAUCACGGCCAUUAGAAAGCAAGUUACCAGGAAACAACAGCACAGGUCAGGGAAUGACCAGGGGACAAUAUUUAUAGCAACGCCCUACCUCUAGUGACAGAUGAUUUUGACUGAACACUGCUGAGCAGGAGGAAAAGUUAUUUAGUGCAGGACCAGCUAGAGAUGAGACAACAGGCUUUCCAGUGUCUCACUGUGACAUGCUGGAUGUUCUAAAUAACAGCCAAAGUACAGUUUCAGCUGAAAGGAACACAAGGAUGGAUGAAGAUGGAUCAGCGACAUGGAUGCAUCUGCAGGUGAGGUAGAAGUUAAGAACGAAUGAAGAUUAGAGGAGAUUAGAUAGGUGGUGGCUUUUAUCUCAGAGACACGGACCAAGAUCAGACACAUCUGAGGGUUGUCCUUAUGCUCAUUCAGUAAUUUCCUAAAGCAAAUGCUGAACGGUGCAUGUGGGAGCGAGCCAAAACAUGGUGGAUACGUCAGUGGGUCAGUAUGUGGUUAGACUGACAUGUUAGUGGGUAAACAGACUGGACUUAAAAUGUGGUGGAUAAAGGUGGAUAUACUCAUGAAUGUACAGGUGGAAGAAAGGACAGAUUUGGACAGAUGGAGACAGUAUGUGAGCAUCUAGAUGGAGAAAUAUAAAGGAUCAGUUUAUUUUUGUCUUUCCUAAUCCAAAGUGAUGAAUAUGAGCCAAAAGUUCAGGGUGUGUUCCCUGUACUCACAGAUCAAGCUGUACUUUAAGUUAUUUCUUCACUCUCAACAUGAAAUUCAGAGCUGGCAGCAUGUGAGACCUGAACCUUUGAACUCAUAUAAACUGUAUGUAGCUGGAGACACACUGCAUGACUUAUCCUGUUUUAUUAUUGUUUUUAAUGUAAAAGGCAGAACAGGACAAACCAAAGUCAAAUCAUUACUCAGCCCUCACUAAAACGGGCCCUGCAUUAGCAUCAGAUGGUAUCCCAGUGGGAACAAGCCCAUAGUUUUAUUUAGGAACUUGACACAUUUCAUAUGAUGCAUAUAUGAAUAUAGAAAUUUCGCUUAACCAACUGAAAGCUAAAAAAACAGUGAUGAAUGUGAUGCCUGAUUUUGUGCAACCACUUGUCCAAAAACCCAAGAUAUUCAGUUUACAAUGAUAAAAACAAACAUCUAACUCAAGGUACACUUACUAAGAUUUUCAGGGGCUUUUAACCCCCCACUAACUGCACACCCUAACUGAUUCUUCUCUGUUUAAAUAUACUGUAUGCCAUAAUCUUCUAAUAAGUUAUUAGAAGUGUUCUGGUCAACAUGCCAAGCCACAGGCCUGGCACAAAUUAUUUCCCACCUCAUUUAUGACAUUAUACUUGAAUAUGAGCCUUGUGUCUGGUUUGUUAAUCACAAAAUGUUCAAUCUGAUCUCUUCUAUUAGCUCUUGUUGUGGAUUGGUUUGCAUUGAAACGGCGUGUUUUCUGUGCAGUAUGUACUGUAUGUGGGAAGCAAGAGAAAGCAUUCUGUAUAUUUUGUUUUGUCCUACAGUGACAAUCUUAUUCUAACUAGACAACAACACAGUGCGAGACCUCUGGUUGCACUGUGUUCUUAAUAUUUUGUUCUUAUUUUGUUGGAUUUAGUUACAGUAAAUUUUAUUUAAAAAAAAAAAAAAACAACAAGACAAGUGUCCAGUCAUUCCCUUUUUUUCUUGCGUUUCCAUAUGUUACAUGUAUUUAUUUUCUAUAACCUGUGGAAACAUGGAGAUUGUAACGAGGGUAGCUGUAGUAAAAUACAUUUUAAGGACAACUGGCGCUACUAAAUCAUGAAUAAUGUCCUUUCUGCUGCAGGUUCGGGAUGACGAUAAUCAAUAUGUAUGACGGUUAGAUCAAGUUAGCAACAGGAUCAGAACAUAAAGCAUCACAGUCACUGAGACUUUUACUAACGGUACUGUUUUUCUUUUUGGGAUUUGAUGGACUCCUGACGCAGAGCAGAUCACUCUAACCUUGGCCCACAUUCACACUGCCUGGUAAAAGUAACCCAGUUCUUAUUUUUCAGUUGUAGCAGGUACACAUCAGAUACAUGUUGUUAAGCAGGUAGAAUCUCAUAUUUUCAUAGUUUCAUUAUGUUUGUUUCAUUAUGUGAAAAUAAAUGUAGUUGAAAUUCGUUAUAUGUCAAGUUUUGGACUAAAAUGUG